AUGCAUCUCCUUCUUCUCCUUCUAAAAUCCUCUACCAAAAACCCUAAUAAUCCUUUAAGCAGUUCGUCUUCCUCUACCUCUGCACACACACACACACACACACACACACCUCUCUCUCUCUCUCUCUCUCUCUCUCUCUCUCUCUCUCUCUCUCUCUCUCUUGGAAUCAGAUUCUUGAAAGAUCGAAACCCUAACUACGACUUGUCUUACCAACCGAGAUCUUCAAAUCACAACGAAAGCGAUGACCACCACGACAACCGUCAGCUAUACAACCCUUACCAAGAUCUUAGAGUCCCCGCACAAACCCUGUACAAACUUCCCACAUCUCCUGAAUACCUCUUUCAAGAGGAAUCCAUCGCUCAACGGCAUUCAUGGAGUAAAAACCUGACAUACUACACCGAUAUCGGUUACCUCAGCGGCGCAGUAGUUGGUGCCGGGAAGGGUUUAGUAGAGGACGUGAAGGCUUCUGAGGCUGGAGACACCAUGAAACUUAGGGUUAAUCAGAUCUUAAAUGCUUCUAGAUAUGCAGGUCGGACGAUCGACAACCGUGCUGGUGUAAUCGGACUGUUGUACGCUGGUGUAAUCGGACUGUUGUACGCUGGUGUGGAGAGUGGGAUGGUUAAGGAUAGGGAUGAAGAUGAUAUUAUUAACAACGUGGUGGCUAUAUUAGCGACUGGAGCGCUUUAA